CGCUCUUGCUCUCUCACCCCCUUCCUGGGAUUCGGUAGCGGCGGCGGCGGCGGCAGCGGCGGUAGAGGAGAAGGAAAGAAGGAAGGAAAAAGAAGACCCCGAACAGCAGCAGCAGCCGCAGCAGCGAAGGAUCCCUGCCCGGCCUACGAGCGAGAUUCCUCCCGGCCCGCCGGGGCCUUGCUGGCUGUUGGUUGACAGCUUAGAAGGUGAUCGAUACAGUUCUCUCUGAGGAGCCAGAAAGCAGGCAGCUCAUGACUUCUGAUCAGGACACUAAAGUUGUGGCUGAACCGCAGGUGCAGCAAGUACAAGAAGUUAAAGAUAGUUCUCAUCUAGAGUCAGCCAAGGUUUCCGAAUUAAAUCCUAAUGCAAAAGUAUGGGGGAAUCACAUGUUACACGUGGAGGCAAGUGGUGCUACUGAUGGUAGCGUGAGCAAAACCUGGGAAGAAAUACCAGAUCAUCCGCCAGAUUCCUGCAAAGAAGGAUUGGAGGCCAAUGGUGAUGGUGACAAAAAGCACCAGAAUGAAUCGUUAGCAGAACUACAAGAACCAGCACUAACUGCUCCAUUAUCAGACCAAACAGAUAUGAACCCUUUGGCUCUAGAUCAUUCAGAGUAUGAAACUGUGCAUGAAAACACUCAGACAGGAGGUAAAGAACAGCUGCAACCAGAAGGUCAAGAAGAUUUGCGAGAAGUGCUUAAAAAAACACUGGAGUUCUGUUUAUCUAGAGAGAAUCUUGCCAGUGACAUGUACCUUAUAUCUCAGAUGGACAGUGAUCAGUAUGUGCCAAUAAUGACAGUAGCUAACCUUGAUCACGUCAAGAAGCUGAGUACUGAUAUGGAUUUGAUUGUCGAAGUGCUGCGAUCAUUGCCUUUAGUCCAAGUGGAUGAGAAGGGUGAAAAAGUCAGGCCAAACCAGAAUCGCUGCAUUGUGAUUUUACGUGAAGUACCUGAAUCUACUCCAGUUGAAGAGGUUGAAGCACUCUUCAAAGGAGAUAACUUGCCUAAAUUCAUCAACUGUGAGUUUGCCUAUAAUGACAACUGGUUUAUUACAUUUGAGUCUGAAGCAGAUGCACAACAGGCUUACAGAUACCUUAGAGAAGAAGUGAAAAUCUUCCAAGGAAAACCAAUUAAGGCAAGAAUAAAAGCAAAGGCUAUAGCUAUAAAUACAUUUUUGCCAAAGAAUGGAUACAGACCUCUGGAUAUGAACAUCUACACACAGCAGCGUUAUACAACAUCAUUUUACUUACCUCCAGUAUACAGCCCCCAGCAGCAGUUUCCACUGUACAGCUUAAUUGCCCCACAGACCUGGUCAACAACACACAGCUAUCUUGAUCCAUCACUGGUAACGCCAUUUCCAAAUACUGGAUUUAUCAAUGGUUUUACGUCGCCUACUUUCAAGCCUACUGCUUCUCCACUGACUUCACUUAGGCAGUAUACUCCCAGAAACAGAAACCCCAGCAAAUCACAUCUACGGCAUACGAUACCCAGUGCAGACAGAGGGACUGGACUUUUAGAGAGCCCUACAAUAUUCAAUUUUUCUGCUGACCGUUUGAUCAACGGUGUCAGAAGCCCACAGACAAGGCAACCAGGCCAGAACAGAACACGGAUGCAGAGUACUACAAGUUAUACCAAGCGAGAAGUUGGCAGUGGACGAGUAGAACCCACUGCUUCAGACUCUUCCCCAAGCUUAGGUAGAGGAAGAAAAAACUCGUACGGCUAUCGAAAGAAGAGAGAAGACAAGUUCACAAGAGGGCAAACACAGUCUCCGCCCCCUCCAAAGCCUCCAUCUCCAAGUUUUGAAUUGGGGUUGUCCAGUUUCCCUCCGCUGCCUGGAGCUGCUGGCAAUCUGAAGACUGAAGACUUGUUUGAAAACCGAUUGUCAAAUGUGGUAGUAGGAGCAUCAAAGGAAAAAAACCUCAACGUGGGUGCAAAUACGAACACUAUUCCAUCAGGAAUUCCUCGGGAGCCUUUGUUGCCUGUUUCUUCUGUUCUGCCAGGAACAUUUGAAAGGUCUCCUUCCCCAUCCCAGCCUCCUGAUGACCCCAAAGUUAUGGAUAAGCAGCAAAGAGAGACGCAAAAUAUUGAAAGGCUUUCUUCAGUACUCACUACCGCUUGUAAAUCAGUACAAGUCAAUGGGGCUGCUGUAGCAGAAUUGCGAAAACCUAGUUACGCAGAGAUCUGCCAGAGGACAACUAAGGACCCACCUCCGCUGCAGCCCCCAAAAGAACAGAAGCCAAACACUGUCAGCUGUGGGAAAGACGAAAGGAAGCCCACAGAAACACUAGAGAGAAGCAAAGAACCCCCCCUUGUGAAGUCUAAUCCAGGGCAGCCCAAAGACCAGAGAAGACAGUCGGGACGCAAGUCACCGCCUCCAGCUGUUGGGAAACGUCUAACUAAAGAACAGAGCACCCCUCCCAAAUCUCCUCAGUGAAACUAGUGCUUAGGAGGAGGUUCCAAACGUUCUCACUAUGAAGUAAACCCAUGUUGCCACUCAGAGUACAAAGAAUGAGUUGCUGGUUAGGAGCUUGCAGUGGGUAUUAAGUAUAUGAAAUGCCUGCAAGUUUUUUUGUUUGUUUCUUUGUAAAAUAGAUUGCUCCCCCAAUUUUCUUGCUCCCCCACCAAAUUCCCCUCAAGCAAACAGUCUACUCUGUCAGGGUUUAAUUAAUCUAAACCUUACAUUUAGGUUGGUGCUGAACUGGAGGUGAUGCCUAAAAUCCUUUCUUUCUUUUUUUCCUAGAUGGAAGAUGCAUUUAUCUGAAAAAUCAUUUUUUUUAUUAAGCCUCCAUGUGGCUGUGUGAAUACAAGCUCUGUCUAAUGAGUUUUUUUCCUAAUCUACUAAGCAGAAUUGUGCUGCUGUAGUUUUUAAAAUAACUGGUCUGUAAGUACAUAUCUAAAAAAAAUCAAAAAAAAUCCAGAAGACUAAUAAUAGCAGCUAAUAUUUAGAGUGCAAAGAAAAACAGGUAUUUUAUAAGACAGUAAGACAAGUUUGACUUUACUUUUCUUUCUUUUUAAAUUCUAGCUGCUGUAGCACAUCAGCAAAUAAAUUAUACUUUUUUAAGUUGAAAGAUACAUUUAAUUCUAACGUUUUAAAAUUCAGCCAUUUUUGUUCUUGGCCAAAUAGGAACCUCAUGAAGAUCACCUGUGAGGCUUCUGUAAAAUAUUUAUUUUGAUGGUCUGCAAGCAAGUAACCAGCUUCUCAAUUCCCCCCCCUCCCCCGCCAAAAAAAAAAGUGGUUCCUUGAAUUUCAGGAAAAGGGAAAAAAGCACAUUGUGAAUAAAAAAUAAUAAUUAAAUACAUAAGCCCUUGUAAAUGGCAGAUGCCAACUAAUGGCUGUUUUUCACAAGAUAGCACAAUAGCACUCUUGUGAUAAGGAUCUCAAUUUUUCCCCUCAGCCAGAAGAAAUUAAUUUUGAGUCACCACUGUCCUUUCUGAUUUAUCCCUGUGCUCUGUGUAGGUUUUUAAAACUAUGCUCAAAGUGCUCUUUGAAAGAGUUCAUAUCUUAAUCGGCCUAAGUGCUGACACCUUUCUGUACCUACAAACAUUGGCAUAUGGAUUUAAUUUUUUUUUCAGUCUGUGAGAUAAUGGAGUUUUUUUGUGUGUGUGUGCAUGUAUGGUGAAGGAAGAGAUCCCUAUUUCCGUCUGGGGUGAGGUUUGUCACGCUUAUUUACUUUAGAAGUGACAUGCUUUCUGAAGGACAAGGAUGCACUAAAUUAACAAGUUUCUAAUAAAGUUGAAUAUAAAUUAUUUUUGUUUUAAAAUGCCUAAAGUUUUUCUUUGAGUGUUAAGCAGCAGAUGGUUCAGGUGAAAUGAGUUCCUGCUGAAUACAGUUUAUUCCACACAAAAAAGGUUUAUUUAAACAACUGAUUUUUUAAAGAAUAAUUUCCAUCCAAUAUUUAAAGACUUGAAUUUUAUUUAAACUUGAAAAUGACUUUGCCUUAACUUUUGUAUAAGACAGAUUAGAGUUACUGAAGUCUGACCCCUCAAGGGUUAGUGUGGGUGGCAUAUACAGAAUUACUCAGUUACAGUAUGUAUGUAUUGUCACUGGUCUUACUGGGUAAACAUACUGUAGUACAGGUAGUAGCGGCAGUUUUUGUAAUAUACCUUAAAAGAUCUUAAGCAGUUGAUCUUUUUCAAAAUGUUGAAAAAUCUGUAAAUGGAAAUAGUCAAUACUGUAUUAAAUAUGUGCACUUGGAAGUGUGUGCUUUGCUUGUACAGGUGUAAAUAAUCAGAACAUAUAAAAAGGUACCAUUAAAAAACUGAUAAAAAAUAUUGAUAUAUUAUAAAUGUUGCUGUUGAGCUGGAUGUAGAUAAACUAAAUGUUGUGGUUUGAAUAUUACUUUACUUAGUUUUUUCCCCUUGUUUCUUUUACUUUAUUCUGAUGUGUGCUGAGCUGAUUCUGCCUGUUCACUGCAAAAGGGAAUUGGAGAAAGUCUAUCUUAAAAGCCCUGACAUUUUAAAAACUUUUCUGGAAGUGUGCAUUUCAACCAAUGUGACACACGGUUGUGCAAUGCAACUUUCAACUUUGUCUUACAAACUGCAAUAGUGUGGGUUUUUUUAAAAAAAACUGAAUUGGAAAGAAAUAACAUUGCCGCAGAAAAGUAUCCCCAAAGUUUACUCAACCACUUUUCUUAGGCCAAAAUAUUAGCAAGUACAUAUGUUGGAUUUAAGUUUCCACAUAGCUAUGAAGUACUUAGGGCAGUUGAUUUCCUAACAUAGGUUGCUGCUAUUUUAAUUGUCCUUUAACAAAACAAAAAUAAACCAAACAAAACCAGCCUGCUUUUUGCACUGCAGAAUUGAAAAUGGGUGAGCUGGGCUCUGUUGCUUCCUGAAAAGGUGCACUUGGAGUGGGACGGGAUGGGGACUCCUAACACCGGGUAAAAUCACCAAAUGUACUGUUGUUUGGUAUAAAUGUUUAUCCUUGACCCUGUGAGCAGUGAAAACGGCAGCUUAGACUGGGGCAUGGUUUAGGCCAGCUAUGAGAUUUCUUUGUUUGCCUGUUGGCAGCACGGACGAAACGGCUGCAAACAAAGUGAGAAGUGGCCAUGGCAAGCAUACAGCUAAUCAUCCCAGCUAACUGAUAUAUUGAGGUUAAUAUAUGCAGACCAGCAGGUGGGUUGUAUUUUGCCGCUGUUGCUUCUACUAGGUUAAUAUGCUAUAGUUCUCAUCCAAAUAACAGUCUGUGUAAAGAGUUUAAACUUUGCUGUAAUGGCAUUAAAAAAAGCAAAAGUGUCAUGCCAAAUAACUUCUCCAAUCACUUUAAUUACUUUCCCAUUCAGACAGUAUGGGGUUACUGGAACAAAAGUUGUCCUGCAGACUGUUUACAUAUAGCUGUUCAAAUCUGCCCUAUUUUUAAAAAAUCCUUCCCUGAAAUCUGAGCUGCAGGUUAACACUAUAGGAACCAAUUACAUUUUGGCUUUUAUAAAAUAACUCGUAGGAUCACCUUGCUUUUUAUGUGGAAGUAUAAUGCAGGUUCUUCUGAGGCUGUUCAAGGGAUGUAUUUUAAACAUGAAUUUUGCUUCUGAACACCUAACACGUACAAGAAUUUUGCAUCAGGGUGCCUCAACUCCCUUACCCCUCCCCAAUUUUACAUCCUGUCACAGAGAAACCAAUACACUGUCAUGCUCUAUUUUUGUUUCUGUUCUUUUUGCUGCCUCUGAUUUAAAAACCAUAACCAGUUAGCAGAGAUGCCCUUACUGGUGGGUGUGAUGCGUUGGAUCAUGAACAACCACUGACUGCAAGGGUCCACACUAAACUCUGUAACCCUUUCAGCUAGCUGCAGUUCUUAAUGUGUUGUGUAAUCUAUUAAACUGAUAGCAGCAGACAACCGAAAACAUCUGCGCGCUAACAGCUGCCAAGUCACAAAACAGAAGGUGUUAUAUGGAGGCCUUUUUUCUGAGGGUAUUUUUUUUGUUUGUUUUUUGUUUCGUUCUUCUUCCAUUUAAGACUGGAAUCAAGCUUACAUGUAAACUAUUGGUAAUUUAAGUUUCCUUUUUGUGUCAUAAAAUGUACAACUGUCUAAAAAUGUAGGUUAUGAAAAAUAAAGAUUUAGGCACUGUUGAAUUUCUCUUUUUUUAAAUUAAACUUCUUACAACAGUA